AUGCCAUGCCAUGAUGCCACUUUGGAGACGAAGGAAGUCAAGAAAUUAAUUGUCGCAAGAGCAGAACAAACCAAGAGCGUUGUUAACACAUUUAUAAUUAACCGUAACAGUACCAGAGAUGCUUUGAGUUGUAAGGCUUCUUCUGAGAAAUGUGGUUUAACUUUCUUCAUGAAAUGUGGCUUAAAUGUGUGGAAAAAUUUCAAACUUCAAGCAUGUUGA